AGUGUUUUUUUUUUCAAUGAUAAAAAGAGCAUUUUCACCUUUUUUCUUUAAUUUUUAUUUUGCUUUCCACAAAGAUUCCAUUGGUACCACGUAACAGAUCUUACAUCGUACAUCAUACAUAUAUAAUGAAAAGCACACCAAUUUUCCAAACCAGUUGUCUUAUUUCUGCCAUAAAAUCAUAACCAAACUCCCGAAGAAGAUUCACAUCCCCAAGAUUCCAUUCCCGGGGGAUUCCCAAAUCUCCCAUUCAUUCAUCUUCCUACUAAAUUUUUCGAGAAAAUUAUGGGUGAUCGAAACGACGCCAACAACAAUGGAAAUGACCGGGAAAACAACAUCGACGACGAUCCGAACCAGAAGAUGAAGAGGGAAGAAGGUGAAUCUCUGUCGGUGGAGAGGAUCUUUGCGAGCCAAGAGGUUCCGUCAUGGCGGAAUCAGCUAACUGUGCGGGCGUUUGUGGUGAGCUUUGUUCUGAGCAUUCUCUUCACCUUCAUAGUCAUGAAGCUCAAUCUCACAACUGGGAUUAUCCCUUCCCUCAACGUCUCCGCCGGGCUUUUGGGGUUCUUCUUCGUCAAGGUUUGGACGAAAUUUCUGGAGAAGUCUGGAAUUCUAAAACAGCCAUUCACCAGGCAGGAGAACACCGUCAUUCAGACGUGUGUCGUCGCUUCCUCUGGCAUUGCUUUCAGUGGUAAAGCAAAGGGACUCUCGUAG